UCAAGAUGAAUGUGUUACACUUAACAGAACCAUCUAUGUAACCGCUAAUUUGCACACAUUAUGUAGUGUUAGCGACAAUCGGCAAAUUCUCUGAUGUACUGUUUGCUGUUCAGUUCAUCAUCAGCAUCUACUGACUGUCUCAUAUACUUUUAGUUUCUAAGGCAGUACCUGUACAAAUGAAAUGCUCAAGCCUAUUCAGCACCACCUAACGUUCAGAUUAGACACGGUAAUAGUAGCUUCAUAGCCAGUGGCUAAUCAAAGAUAUAUAAAAUGCCAGUAUGUUAAAAUUGUAUGAAAUCAAUUAACAAGAAAGUUGAAAAAGGUUUAACGAUAAACCUACGUGUCAACAAUGCUCAAUAGAUGGCGCCACUGCUUUCUUCUCUUUCAUAUAUACAAUACAAUCGCUGAUUGAUUGAAGAGAAAUCAGCUGAUUUAUUAAUCGUCACAAAUAUUCAUCGCAAUGUUGGAAUUGAAAAAAAAAAUUGUUCCUAGAACUCAUCGUUCCAGCGAGCGGGUAUUUCUGCGGAUGGAUAAUUACACAGGGUUAGGCUGAAAACUGGGCCCGACUGUAUAUCAGAUUUGUUAAUUUUGACAGUUUGGAAGGUUCAUGCCUUGACAGUUCGAUCUCGCCGGCCUUCGUCCUAAAUUAAAACAUUAUUUGGACCAAUCGUAGUCGCUUAUAUAUUGGUAUGUUUGGCAGUUAGCGCUGUUGAUCCGUCAACAAAACUGCAACUUUGUUUAUCUCCUUUACAGUACUACAGAAAGCCUUUCUUUUAGAAUGAACAUUGGAGUAGUUUUACCUGUAGCGGACCUGUUCGACAUUAAAUCAAGCUGUAAGCUCAUUUUGACGUAUCUAUUUCUUUGCUAGGGCUAGACCUUUGAUGUGAUAAGAGUGAUAUAGCUCCUUCUUUUAGAAUGCCUUCAGGGAUAUAACAAAGAAGGUAUCAAAUGUCGACUCUGGACACGAGCAUGCGAAAACCAUACUAAUCUCUUCUCUUCGUAUCUUCGAGCAGAAUGGCAAUGACCUUUAAAGACAUUUUCGAAUAUGACUGCAACUGGCCUCCAAAAAGCACAAACCGAACAUGGGCAAUGUUCACUCAAAAAGAAGAUAAAUUAAUUUUAGAGUAUUUGCUGAAAACCCACCAGUUCACCAGGUUAGGUGGCAACGAAGUAUGGAAAAAGUUGGCCACUUCUCGAAAGUUUAAUCCAGGCCAGCGCACAUUCCAUUCUUUGCGGGAAAGAUACCGAAAAUACCUAAUUUCGCAUCUCGGUCGAUACCUGAAACCCAGACAACAGGAACUUCUGCUUGGUAAACUGCCAGGCUCGCUGAGCAUGCCCAGUAAGAUGACAUCAAAAAAAGAGGCUGUAGAGGAGCAGGGAUGCGCAAAGCUGUACUUAAACAACGAAUCUGAAUAUUCGGCUUGUGACUCAGUUGACAGCCAGACGUCAAAAAAAAAUGUCGACCCGGAAAACAACGGGCACCAGAGUGUUGGACAAAGCAUCAUGUCAUGGGGUCCCUCAACCCGUGCCGUCAAUAUUAGGAACGCAUUGCGGGAACGCGCCGAUUUAGUGUCAAAGUUAAGCACAAAAGGCGCCAUUGUUUCAACAAGUACUCCAGCGGCUUUUAUCACAACUGAGCACAGAAUCGUUAAGGCUAACCUUUUAGCUGAGAAUUUCCAAACCAGUUCGGACGACGCUAUUCAAAAUCCAAAUGCGAAGAUUGAGGAACUACUGGAACAGAAGGACACCAAAAUGGAAAUGAAGCAAUUUCAUAUGGAAUCGUCGACACCGUUAUUACCACUAAAAGCUCCACGAGAGCUACAAUGCGAUGAAGGACCGCAUGAUCUGAAGUUGGAAAUUUACGAUGCAAAACAGGUGGAACCCGACGCGAACCACAUAUUGAAUUUAAAAAUCCGUAAUGAGCUAAGAUUUAGCUUCAAGUUUGCCCAAGCUGCUGGCAAUUCAUCAGAAAUGACUACACCUGCCGUUCUUCUAAGUCACGUACAACAUGAACUUCAAAACGUUCUUCUGGGUCACGCACAACCUGAGCUUCCAGAUGUUCUCCCAGGUCACGUUAGAUCGUUCGAAGAACAGUUGUUGAUCAGGCACUGCAAAAAAGACGAUUGCGUGGGACUGGAAGCAUACCUGGAUUGCUGGGUGGACCUACAGAGGGUUUUGGCCAAGGCCGAAAGACACGACGGACAGUGGUGCCAGUCAUUCUACGCACGUCUGCUAAUGGCUCGUGUGAAUGAUUUGCUUGUGGUGCCGAUGUGUACGCGAAAAUCGAUUUGUUCCACCCUCGACAUUACUCCUGAUCAGUUGUACAGCUUCUUCAAAGAAGGUCAAACAUCGGAGCAAAAGGAGGCGUUCCGACAACUUCUUGAAACCACUCAUAAUCUACGAGCAGUCAUCUAGUCAGCGGAUGUGGCACAGAUGCUGCUGCUUGCCAAACGACGCUUACUCAGCUUACGUACAAGAACGCAGGAUAGCAUCGUGUAUUGUUAAAAAUCGGUUACUGCCAAAGAAAAACACCGUGAAUUAUAAAACGAUAAAAAUAUAGCCCUACGAGUAGUAGUAUUAUUUCCUAACACAAUGAUGUUUAAGUGAAAGGUUUCCGAAGCCCAUACGUACUACGCUGUAAGCACAUGCGCGUAGAAGAGCAAAGUCACACAGAACUUAUUUUUGUGUAAUUCGUAUUGUUCAUUAUCAAGUUGACACUUAUUUUAUUCUAUUAGAUGCAGCAAUGAUAAGAUCUGCCAGUGACUGAUGAAUAUCUUUUAAAGUUCUCGAAGUUAAAUUCUAAACAAAUUCGAAAGAAACAGUGGGACCUGAUGACCCCAUGAGCUCGAGCGAAUUAUUUUGUCCUUUUAAAUAAAGUGCUACAUAAGGCGACUAAGUGGUUUGUGAAUAAACUGACUGAUUUGAAUGAGA